UUUCACAUUAGCGGCGUCAUUUCCGCCCCGCAGACCCCGGAUGAAGCUGCCGUUUGGGGCAAGUGAAGCAGGGCCACCGAGGCUGGUUGGGUUUUAAUUUAGCAGAGAGGGGGGUCGGAGCGGAUCGCAGCCCCGCUGGAUUAAUGUGGACAGGGCAGCGCGGAGUGCCAGCAGGGCUACGAGGAGCAAACAGUCCGGGUCGAGUAGAGACACCGGCUAAAAGCUGCUGCUAACUCUGUUUAACUGUUAGCAGCAAAGUAACGCAGAGCAAGCAGCCAGCUUCUCCGGCUAAUAGCCUCUCCACACCGCGGAGUGUGCAGCUUACACACGGCACGUCUCAUCGGAGCUCCAGUCUAACACAGCACCUGGUGAAUGAAUGAUGUCUGCCGCUAGCAUUGACCCUCAGACAUCGAAAGGACAAGAUGCAAGCAAAGCCUUUUCAGUUUCGGUGCAGAAUGGCUCCCUCCAUCAGAAGGAUGCUGUCCAUGAUAAUGACUUUGAGCCCUAUCUUACCGGCCAGUCCAGUCAGAAUAACAGUUAUCAGUCCAUGACAGACCCUUACCUGUCCAGCUACUAUGCCCCCUCUAUUGGAUUUCCUUAUCCUCUCAGUGAGGCUCCUUGGUCUACAGGAGGUGAUCCACCGAUUCCCUACUUGACACCCUAUGCCCCGCUCAGCAAUGGAGACCACCACUUCAUGCACGACACGGUGUUUGGGCAGCCGGGCGGGCUCAGCAGCAGCAUCUACCCUCACAGGUUUAACUUCUUCCCAGAGAAUCCAGCGUUCUCUGCCUGGGGCACCAGUGGUUCUCAGGGACAGCAGACUCAGAGCUCAGCCUACGGGGGGAGCUACAGCUACCCACCAAGCUCACUUGGAGGUACCUUAGUCCCUGAUGGCCAGACAGGUUUCCAUAGUGACACCCUAAGCAAGGCCCCAGGUAUGAACAGCAUAGAGCAGGGCAUGUUGGGCCUCAAAAUAGGCGGGGACGUGACUGGAAGUGGCUCAGGUGUGAAGAGUGCAGGCUCCGUGAUCGGUGGCAGCGGCAGUGUAGCGGCUGCUGUUGCCACAGGCAACGGUGGCACACCAAUGGGAAUGCCCCCUCCGAAGCCGACAUCGUGGGCUGCAAUCGCUAGUAAACCUGCCAAGCUGCAGCAACAAAAGACCAAGAACAAGCCUCCUAUAGUCGGAGGACCUCUGCCUCCACCUCCCAUCAAACACAGCAUGGACAUUGAUACUUGGGACAAUAAAGGGACUGUGACCAAGAUGGCCCCUCCUUUACCCCACCACCACCAACAGCACCAGCCCCAGCUUCACUCCCAUGCUCCCAGUCUCUUGCCUCCCCUUCAGCAAUCCCUGCAUUCUGCCCAGUCCCUGGUGCAGCAGAUGACCCUGCAGGGUCCUCCUCCGCCUCAUUCUUACCAGAACCACAACUCUGCUCCCACACCUCAGACCCGCUGGGUAGCCCCACGCAACCGCAACUUGUGCUACGGUGGAGGAAGCUUGGACAGCAGCGGCUCCUCCAACGGCGGUGGUGUUGGUAAUGGAGGGGGUGGGGUGGGGCCUCCAGACCUGGGAUCAGAGUCCCACCCUGUGCUGGAGAAACUGAGAGCGGCCCAUAGCUACAACCCCAAGGAGUUUGACUGGAACCUGAAAAACGGCCGCGUGUUUAUCAUUAAAAGCUACUCCGAGGACGACAUCCACCGCUCCAUCAAGUACUCCAUCUGGUGCAGCACGGAGCACGGCAACAAGCGCCUAGACUCAGCCUACAGAGCCAUGAACUCUAAAGGGCCCGUCUACUUGCUGUUCAGCGUCAAUGGCAGCGGGCAUUUCUGCGGCGUGGCGGAGAUGCGCUCGCCGGUGGACUACGGCACCAGCGCAGGUGUGUGGGCGCAGGACAAGUGGAAGGGCAAGUUUGAUGUGAACUGGUUGUUUGUUAAGGACGUGCCUAAUAGCCAGCUGCGCCACAUCCGCCUGGAAAACAACGACAACAAGCCGGUCACCAACUCACGUGACACUCAAGAGGUUCCUCUGGAAAAAGCAAAGCAGGUGCUCAAGAUUAUUGCCCAGUACAAACACACCACCUCCAUCUUCGAUGACUUUUCCCACUACGAGAAGAAGCAAGAGGAAGAGGAGGUGGUGAAAAAGAGCUACGAGCCUGCCUCAAUACAGAGUCGAUCCCGAAUCGAUCAGGACCGUCAGAAGUAAGCUAUAGAAAUCUCUUCUGAAAGCUCAGCCGACGGUUGUGUUUGAAUGGACAUGCUGAAAUCUAGGUUUAAAAAGAAAACACAAGGACACCAACAAACACAAAAAAAAAUAUCUGAAAACGAAUAUUUUUUUUUCUAUUUAAUUUUUGCGACCAAACUAUUUGAGCCACCGGUUCCAGUCUUCAAUAUGCGUGCAGGGAUGAAGCUCGUUCCACCAGAUGAAUCGCUUCAAUAAUAUCUAUUUUCUUGUUUUUUCUGUAUUUUUUAGCCUUAUAAAUCUCUAUCGCUACCCUCGAACAUCUGAAAUUGGUAACUAAUUCUAAAUAUCUGCACGUCUGUUUGGAAAAAUCUCUCGACAACAUGCUGCUGAUAUUCAGUGACUGUUCACUUUGUGGUUUGUGUGUUGGAGAAAUGUUAAGUGCUUGUAUUGCUUUAUCUUAAUGAGUGAACAACAACUUUAUUGACAAAUGUCUGCUAUCUGUAUGUGGCCAGUUGUAUUUUGUAUUAUCAUAAGACAAAAUAAUGACUUCUAUCAUGCCCCCUCCUCUUCCUUCUCCUCCUUCUGUUUUUUUUUUUCCCCUCAUGUGAGGGGUCUCUGAAGGUUUCUAUAUGCAUAGACAUAAUUGUGCAAAGGUGGUGGCAUUAGAAGGCAUUAAUGUUAGAAGAAUAUAUUGAAGGAUGUAUCACCAGGUUUAACGUAAUGUUGAGAAAAUGUGCGAUUUUGUCAUUACAGGGUGGAGCCGUAACAUUUCUUUGCAGCGGUAGUGUGGAAUAUUUUUUAUUUCCAGUACUGUACCUCAAUUUAUUUAUUUAUUUUUUUUCAAGCUAGAGAUUCAGGGAAAAUAAGUCUGAAGAUCAAACGCUCGUAAAGGUGGUCCUGCUCUCACUUUAACGAUGGAAAUUCAAAUAAUACUGUUUAAGUUGAUUUUAUUUUAUUUUUUUAAUCAACACAGGAUCUGCUUUCUUUCCCCUUUCUCUGUUUAUGAAAUUCUGGGCAAUGUAGCAUGCACUGCUUUUAGAACUCAAGCCAGGCCCGUCGUUUAGUUUUAUUUGUUCUUUCUUAACAUUAUAAUAAUCUUUUCAUCAUUUCCAUCACUAUAACCUUCAUCCUCGGAAAAUGUAAGCUUUAAUGUACUGGCAUUUCUAACUGAGAUCGCCUCAAAAUGUUUAACUGUAGCAUUAUACUUAACUGAUUUAUUGUCAAGUGUAUGAAAACGCAGAGACUAGCCUAUAUGGUAUAUGUUUGUGACUUUUUUUUUUGUUAUUUUCUUUUUUAAUUGCUUGCUGUAUUGU